AAUGGAGUGCUGCGCCACCCAUGUCCGGAUGUCUCUCUCUCGUCUCCGUCUCACUCUCCAACACUUCCCCGUUGCAUAUCGGACCGAAAAUACUUAGUAUCACGUCAACCUCCCGCCCCCACCAGCUGCGAUAGCAACACAUAGGGCCGCCCAACUGACGCUUCUACAAACGCUCACUGCGAACUGUAUCCCUGCAUUGCUUCUUUCCUUACAGACUAUUCCCCCUCUUGAGUACACCCCCACCGCCUUCGCAAAACGUCAAAAACAAUGGUCGACACAACAGCACACCCCUCAAACGGAAACGGAGACGGCAACGGCAUCCCCUCGUCCGUCGCAACACCACCACCACCAGCAGCAACUGACUCUCCGCGCACAAGCUCGCCGUCGGAGCAUCAACAGUCUUCGUCGUCUUCUUCGUCUUCUUCGUCCGCUGUGAUAUCGCCUCAGAAGGAGGAAUAUGAGCCGCUUUUGACACCCAAUGCGAGAAGAUUUGUGUUGUUUCCUAUUCAGUACCAGGAGGUCUGGCAAAUGUACAAGAAAGCGGAAGCAUCGUUCUGGACGGCGGAGGAAGUCGACCUCUCCAAAGACAUCCAGGACUGGGAAAACAAGCUGACAGACAACGAGCGGUUCUUUAUUUCGCGCGUGCUAGCCUUCUUCGCCGCCUCUGACGGGAUCGUGAACGAAAACCUCGUCGAGCGUUUCUCCAAUGACGUGCAGAUCGCCGAAGCGCGCUGCUUCUACGGCUUCCAAAUCAUGAUCGAAAACAUCCACUCGGAGAUGUACUCCCUCCUCAUCGACACCUACAUCAAAGACGCACGUGAAAAGGCCCUCCUCUUCGACGCCCUCGAAACCGUGCCCUGCAUCCGCAAAAAGGCCGACUGGGCCCUCCGCUGGAUCUCGGACGACUCCACAUCCUUCGCACUCCGUCUCGUCGCCUUUGCAGCGGUAGAAGGAAUCUUUUUCAGCGGCUCCUUCGCAGCCAUCUUCUGGCUCAAAAAACGCGGCCUCAUGCCGGGCUUGACGUUCUCCAACGAACUCAUCUGUCGCGACGAAGGCCUCCACACAGACUUUGCCUGUCUCCUCUUCUCCCUCCUCCGCACCAAACCCGCCUUCUCCUCCAUCCGCACCCUCCUCCGUGAAGCCGUCACCAUCGAACAAGAAUUCCUCACCUCAUCCCUCCCCUGCGCCCUCAUCGGGAUGAACGCGACACUGAUGUGCCGGUACAUUGAGUUUGUCGCCGACCGCUUGUUUGUCGCCCUGGGGUACGACAAGGAGUAUGGCGUGGAGAACCCGUUUGACUUUAUGGAGUUGAUUUCGUUGCAGGGGAAGACGAACUUGGUAUUGUAUGUUCCAGCGGAUAAUGAAACCCGCAUGGGGCCGUCCACGAGAUGGCAUUGAGUAGGAGAGUAGCGGGCACGAAAGGACGCAGGGUCGUGGGGCACUUUGCACAGUACAAUAAGAGGCCCGUUCGGCUUUUUGGACUCCUAUGUGGUGUGUUGCGGAAACCUGAGAGCUUGUGUACCAUUAAAGAUGACACGGGCUGAUGAACUUUGAAGCGACCUUAUCGCGGUACGUCGUCGGUUAUAACCCAUUCCCCUCUAUUAGAGAUCACGGAAGGCAAGCCGAUGGACCUUCCUAUGUACUGUAUGUAUGUACAGUCACCUCGCAAAACUCUGUACCCCCCCUCUAAUUGAAAUCAAUAUUGGUCACUCAC